AUGAUAUUCGAGACAAUCUAUUACGCUGCAAUGGAGACAUCGUGUGAGCUAGCACAGGUAAAGGGCGUCUAUCCGUGUUUUAAUGGAUCAAUGUAUUCAAAAGGAAUAUUCCAUUUUGAGGUUUACGCAAAUGGUAGGCGAAAUGUGGGGGAACUGGUUUCAGGCAUGUGGGACUGGGAAGGAUUGCGUGCCAAAAUAAGGCAGUUUGGAGUCAGAAACUCACUAACUACCGCCUGUAUGCCAACAGCAGGCACGGCACAGGUGGCUGGAAACAGCGAGUGCAUUGAGCCAAUUCAGUCGAACAUCUUCACCAGGAGGACAUUUGCAGGAGAAUUCCAAAUUGUGAACAAGUUUCUGGUUGAAGACCUGAAGAGGCUGAAUUUGUGGUCGAAUGAGAUGAGGCAGCUGAUCAUCGAAUAUGACGGGUCCAUUCAGCAUAUUCCAGUGAUUCCAGACAACAUUAAGCAGAUUUACAAGACAUUUUGGGAGAUGAAAAUGAAGAACGUGUUGAGCAUGGCGAAUGACAGGCAGGCAUUUAUUGAUCAGUCACAGUCACUGAAUUUGUUUGUGAAGCAGCCUACGUACGGCGUAUUGAGCUCAAUGCACUUUUAUGGAUGGAAGUUGGGAUUGAAGACAGGAAUGUACUAUCUGAGGACAUGUCCAGUUGCAAGUGCAAUUAAGUUCACGGUUAACAAGGAACUGAUCAUUAAGACACUCAGCUCAAUGAAGAAUCAGCAAACGGAAGACGAUGAAAAUGAAAAUGAGGAACCAAAGUGUGAAGGGUGUUCAUGCUAG